GUGUCGGAGUACCAGCUUCACUGAGAAGGAUUUGAAAGAGGCCAAAGCCCAGAGUCAGCGAAUUGCUGCUCAGCUGACCACUCCUCCCAGCUCCAACUCCCGAGGGGUCCUGCUCUUCCACAGGCGCCGGCAGAGAGUGAACGAGUUCACUUUUGAGAGCUUUGGGAAACAGGGACAGAAACCCAGCCCUGGGCACAGUCCUCAAACUCUCCCUGUUGAGACGCCAAACCAUGUUCCAGGGCUCUGCCUGAAUCACACUCCCCAAGGCUCUUGUCCAAGCCUCUCUUCAUCCCUUGGUAUCCAGGCCCCGGAGGUAGGGAAACCCUGCUGCAGUAUGGAAGGGCCUGGGGAGAACGCAGAUGUCCUGACCAAGAGAUCCCUGGAGAAUGCAGCCGGUGAAGAAGAGGAGAUUCCUUUGGUGGUUUACCUAAAGGAAAAUGCGGCCUUGCUCACAGCCAAUGGCCUUCACCUAUCUCAAAGCAAGGAAGCUCAGAAGGGUCCUUCACUGGCCGACGCAAAUGCUCUCACUAUGGAUGUUAAUCAGAAUCCUUCCCUGACUGAGACUACACCUGCCACGUUAGUGAGUGAUGUCAACCAGAACCCACCAGUGAUGGACAUUGGUCAGAACACAUCUGUCUCCGGCACCGAACAGAAUGUAUCUGAACACCAGGUACAGCAGGACACCCCCGUGGCUGACUUUAAACCCAGCACUGUGCUUGGAGAUGAGAAGACCCAUUUCCCAAGCCCAGACAAGAGUUCUAGUGCACUGAUUACCGAGGUGAAGCCAAGCACAUUACCUACAAAUGGGAAGGCCAGUCCCUAUUCUGGGGAGCUUAUCUCCAGUUCUACCAUGAAUGCCACGGUCUCUGACGUCAAGUCUAGCGUCUUGGUCAUUGACGUCAAGCCUAGUGCCCAAGCAGUGGGGCUAGAGGUGUCUGGGCCAGCUAUCAGCCCUCCAUCCCCCAAACAGCAUAGUGAAGUCCACCUCACCCUGGCCAAACCUCAGUCGGUGGUGAACAGGACGGCCAGGCCAUUUGGAGUUCAGUCUCAAGGGAUCAACAGCCAGUUAGAACGGAGUCCGAUGUUGGAGAGACGCCCCAUGGGAGAGAUGAGCCCCAGGGCACAGGCCCACCCAAUAGGGGAUCGAAGUCCUCAGGUUCAGAGGCAUACUGUAAUGAUGAGAAGCCCUAUGGUGGAGAGGAGGCCUUUGAGAGAGAGCAGUCCUACCGUGGAGAGAGGCCCUCUGGUAGAGAGACCAGUGAUGGUUCAGAGAAGUCCUGCUCUGGAAAAACGCCCAUUGGGAAAUUUCACUCCACCCCCCACCUAUGCUGAGACCUUGUCUACGACACCUCUGGUCUCUAGGGGCAGGUCUCCGCCUUCGUAUUCUGUUCUCUACCCCAGCGCUGAACACAAGCAAGCACUUCCCAAGGGGCCUGGCUACGGGGAGGGUAGAUCAACAUCUGCGGCCAAGACUGGAAUCUUGGAGGAGUCGAUGGCCCGCCGAAGCAAUAGGAAGUCCAUGUUCACCUUUGUGGAGAAGCCCAAAGUGACCCCUAACCCCGAUCUCUUGGAUCUGGUGCAGACAGCUGAUGAGAAACGGAAGCAGAGAGACCAGGGGGAGCUGGGGCCGGAGGAGGAGCCAUUUGCUCUUGGGGCUGAAGCAUCCAACUUUCAGAACGAGCCACCUCCCAGGGACUGGUCUAGCCCCACCUCUGAGGAGACCCUCCCAGAAUGGUCAUCGUGUCUGAAGUCACCCAGCAUCCGGGCCAAGCCUGAGCCCAAACCAAACCAGAACCUCACAGAGGCCACUGGCAAGGGAGCUGAGCUGUAUGCCCGCCGUCAAUCCCGAAUGGAGAAAUAUGUAAUUGAGUCACCGGGCCAUACCGAGUUAGCCCGCUGCCCGUCUCCCACUAUGUCCCUGCCCCCUUCCUGGAAAUAUUCCAACGCUCCAGGGUUCCCAGGGGGCUUCCGGGUGGCAAGCCGGAGUCCAGCCCGAACACCACCUGCAUCUCUUUACCACGGCUACCUGCCCGAGAACAGGACUCCACGCAGGGAGGCGGAGCCUACCAAACAACAGCCUUACCAGAUCCAGUCCUCACUCUUUGUUCUCACUCCCUCCAAGGAGCCAACCAAGGUCCCAGCGAGAGCAGCCUCACCUGCCAAGCCAGUAUCUCUUGAUUUGGAACCUGUGGGGAGGUUGGCCCCCUGCCCGCCUAGCUCCGUCCUUCCCCCUUCUCCUGCCCUGCCUCGGCCAGCACGCUCUUCCCCUGGCCUGUGUCCCUCACCAGUGGGCCCAGGAGGGCUUGUCCAAAAUGUUACCCAGAUGAGUGGCAGCAGCCCCACCUUCGGUGGUGAAGUCUCCCCGGUGUCUCCUUCCCGGGCAUGGUCUCCACGAGCCAAGGGCCAAGCUCCUCGACCUUCAUUCUCUACCCGGAAUGCAGGGAUCGAGCCCCAGGAAAGACGGGAAUGUGACCCCACCUCCCCUCCUGAGACCCCCAGCUCACCGAGGCCAGCCAGCAGCCUGGACGGCUGGGUGGGCCGCGGCCCUUCAGAGUUCUGCCCGACGGUCACCACAAGCAGUCCCCCUCCCCCUCCCCCCAUGUCCCCCUCCUGGAGCGAGCGCUCUCUGUCCCCGAUGCAGGCUGAGCCCAAAGGCAACAGCCGCCAGAUGCAGGCCCUGGUCGCCAGGAACAUCAUCAAUGCCGCCCGCCGAAAGAGCUCCUCCUCCCCCAAAUCUCCCGGGGCAGAAUUGCUGAGGCCUUUCUCGGCCAGCCCCAGAGGGCUGGGCAGCCCGUGUCCUCCCCUGAAGAGCCCCCUGGGAGACGGCCAUCGCCUCUCCUCCCUGCCCGGUGGCGCCUUCUCCCCCAUCUUGAAGAGCCCCCUGACCUCGUCCCAAGCACCCUUCGGGGACAGCCCCCGGCCCUUCCUGUCGGCCAGCGGCUCUUGCCCUGGCCCCAGGAGCCCGGGCACCGGCCAGCCCUUGACCUUCAGGAGCCCCGUGCCCUCACCUAGUCCCCAGGCUCGUUCCCCUGCCAAGCCCUACACCAGUCGCUCACCCACAGACUCCGACGUAUCCCUCGACUCUGAGGACUCGGGGGUCAGGUCCCCCGGUAUCCGUGGCUACAACAUCUGCCCCCGGGGCUGGAAUGGGGGCAGCCUGCGGCUCAAGAGAGGCAGCCUCCCCUCGGAGACCUCCUGUACAUCCUAAGAUCCACCUAGGCUGGGGGUGGAGAGAGGAAGAAAUGCCUGGGGGUGGGGUGGGGGGCUUCAGGGUAGAGGGCCUGGGUGGGGGAUUUCAGCCCAUAGACAUAAUUGCACCUUCUGACACCUUCCCAGGAAGGGGCUGACUUCAGCUCUGGACAGCUCACGUGGGAGCAGCCUCCACUUCCCCAGUUUCCCCUUUGGAGAGGGGAGCCCUGACUCAGCACCCGUUACUCUCAAUGUUGGAGAAUCAAAAUUUUCCAUUUCUUUUCCACCACUUCUGCCCCCUAGUGGAGCAGUCAGUGCCCAGCCAGGCCCCUCCAAAGCCAGGGCCAGGCUCUUGGGGGCUGAGGAUGGAGAUUCCGUGCCCUUGCCCCAUCACCCUGCUUUCUUUCUGGCCUCAGGAACCAUGGAGGUGUGAGGAGUGGGGACAACCUGGGACAAGGAAGAGCCAAGUGUGAAGUGGGCCUGCCCCUCACAGGGGAGGCUGUAUCUCUGCCAGCCUUGACACUGACUCCAGUUGGCCUGGCAGGGUAACGUUUGGCCAGUGUCGGUGUUUGCCAUCCCCUCUGUGACCCCAUCUUCUAUUUUUACCACGGUGACCUUUAAGGCGGCUUAGCUCCUGGAGCCGGGGCAGACAAGUGAGGGUACAUUGGGAGGGGGAAUCAGGAAGAAGGAAAUUCCCAAACUGAGGGGAUUGGUGGUCCUGCUCUGGGCACUGUUUGGUGGGUUCGCCUUCCCCCUGCUUACCCAUUCCAGAUGUUGUAUGGUUCUCCAGCAUGAGACACACUCAGCAUGAGCAAAUCAUUUUAAAACUUCCCCUCCCAACACUGCAGUUUAUACCAAAAGUAUGAGAGUUGAAGAUACUUGGAUAAAACUGGGGAAUGUUCCCCGGGGGUGGGAGGGGAUGUCUCCAAACCCUCCCUCCACUGCCUGAAUACCCAUCAUCCCAUCCUGGGAAAAAGAAGAAGGUCUUAACUGGGCAAAGGGUCUCCUUGGGUGGGGGGGGCAAAGAGGGGUGAAGGGACAGAUUGGGCUUUGGCAUUAGAUCAGGGUGUACUGGCAGUACUGUGGGCAGGGGACUGGGAAUGAGUAGGAGUGCCCUUCCCUUCUACUUUGGGUCUUCUUUCCCUCAGGUAUCAUUCUACCCUCUUUGAGCUCCUCUCUCCUGCCCUUGGUGGGGACUCUCCUCCCCUGAGGUGGAAUCUGCCUCCGAUUUCUUCUCUCUGGGGAGAUGCAUUCACUCUGAGAUUGCCUGUCUGGGGAUCUGGCCCCAAUCACCUCAGCCAUGUUUCACUUCCACCCCAAGUGGGCCAAAUGCCCCUCAAGUCCAGAGCCCUGUGCCAGCAGUGUGGCCCUGAGCCCUAGAAGGGUAGGCAGCAGUUGGUUUGAAAACCCAGGCCCAUGGCCCCUCCUGGGGGCACAGACUGGCUACUGCAGGGUUUUCCCAGUCUGUGGUGGUGGUGUGUCAGUGAUGGAGGCCCCACAUGGGUGGGGCCUGCUCAGGAAGGAGGUCUGAGGGGCAGAAGUUUGUGAAAAGCAAGACUCAUGAAGAUGUGGGUGCACCACAGGACAUCUUGCCUGGAGGCUACCCAAAAGCCUCCAGAGGAGGCAGGAAUGAGGAGGCUCUGGAAAGCCCCAGGCAUGUUAGGGCACUGUAGCCAGGACACCUCAGAGGGGACAGGUAAUGGGAGGCAGGGAGAGGCACUGAGGAUAUAUUGAAGCAAGGACUGAUGCUGGAUAGCCACAUUUGCACCCAGUGCACACACUCCCUGGGCCUGUUUUUUGGGAUGAGGUAAUUGAGAAACCUCCUCCUUCCCCAAGACUCUGAAGAGGGAUGGAUUACCUGGGUCUGGUCUGGGCUGAGGCCAAGGUCCUCCAAGGAGGUGGGAAUAUGGCUCUUUUCUCUGGUUCUCUCCAAUCUCCUGUCUUCUCAAUGGUGACUCUCCUUCCCUGUCCCAUGCCUCUGCCCCCUUACCCAUUUUAAGGCCGCCCAGCCCUGAGCCUGUCACAUCUUAUCCUCAUCCUUUCAAUAAAUACCUGCAUUACCCCA